AUGAUAAAUAUCUAUACCUCCGAACUAUUUCAACCACAAAAAUGUGAACAAAAUGAUGCGAAACACAAGUGA